UCUUUAAAAAGGCCCAUCAGAACGAACAAAAAGGCCCAUAUAAAAAACAGGUAUAAACCCUAAACCACUCAGCUAGUUCUAAAACCCUAGAAAUUUCCAUUCAAACUGCUCUAGAGUGCUGCUGUACUGUCUUCUGGUAAAAAAUGUAUCUUCAGUUCUAUAUCAAUGACAAUGGUGACAAAGUUUACACUACCAGGAAAGAAAAUCCACUUGGGUUGCCCACAGAAUCUGCUCAUCCAGCUCGCUUUUCCCCAGAUGACAAAUACUCAAGACAGAGAAUUCUUUUGAAGAAGAGAUUUGGAUUGUUGCCUACCCAGAAGCCUGCACCAAAAUACUAAAAAUAUCACUUGCUUUGCAUUGGCAUUAACGUGUAACAAUGUAUCUGUAGCCAUCCUGCUUAUGCUUCAGUUGUAGAACUACUGACGGUAUCUAAAUGAAUUUGGGCCACUGGCCAAAUGUUGAGCUUCAGUGAAGCUAGUUUUAUAAAAGUUGGAAGGCUUGCUUGCUA